AUGUCUGUUCCAAACGUAUUCAUUUCAUGCUGUCUAAUGACAGUUUUGUUGUCCCUCAUUCUCAUGAUGAGUGUCAGUGCUGAACAACCAAGUCUCAAUAUUCGAGGUUCGACUCCAAUUAUCUCGGCACCACAAACAUCUACACUCAAACAACUAUUUUCACAAUAUUGGUCUCCAAUUAACCCAAAUAGUCAACCACGUUCAGAGGAUAUGAAAGGAUUUGAAUUUGUGUUGACAGAGAGAACUGGCCAAAGAAAGAGUUAUAAGGGUGUUUUGCAAAUCCAUGCAAGUAAUACUCCACAAUGGGUUCAAGCAGAUGUAUACGAUGGUCAACUCACUUAUCAUUUGAAUAUCAUGAGAAACGCUGCUACCUUUAAGGUCAUUCAACACACUUCCAAGUUUUGUUUCACUUUGAACUUUAUUCCAAGAAACAAUUCAUUGCUCUCAAAAGUGGCUCAAUUUGCCACUUCAUUGCUUGAAGGUCAACAAACCACUUAUCGAUUCUCUCCAAAUUCAAUCAAGUAUGAUGCAUUGGUGAAUCAAGUUUGCAACAAUUCCUCAUUGAAGAUGGAUGCUUUCAUUUUGGGAGAUGAUGGUUUUGUCUCGUGUGCUCCUGCUGUCUCUUCAACCUCUGUUUCUGUCAAUCCUCAAAUCUUUAUCACAAGAAACAGGUGUUUGUCGUUGGACAUAUUUGAUAGACAACUUGCAGCCACCUUGGGCGACAGAUACUUUGCUGAAUUAUUACAAGAUACAUUUGAUAACAGACAAAGUCUUACAUCAUCCUUGUUGAGACCAACCUUUUGGUUUGAAACAAGCACUGAAGCUUGCUCUCUUCCAUACAUGGCAGAUCCAUCCAAGUGCAAUAGUUUGAACACUCCAACUGGAUCCAAAGUUUGUAUCUUCAUUCAUGGUGCAGGUGGUAUGAAAGAUCAAGAUCCAAAAUACAAUUCAUUCAAAGAUUAUUGGGGUGAUAUUGAACAAUGGACUCCUCAAUGUUCAAAGAGAGUGUUUGCAGUGAGAAACACUCGAGAUGUUGGUUGGGAUGACAAAAAUUUACAAAAGUAUUAUUGUGACUUGGCUCGUAAGGAGAGUGGACUCAAUGUCACCAUCAACGGAGUGCCACAGUUGAAGAAUGUGAUUCUCUUCACUCAUUCUCAAGGAGGUUUGGUCAUUUCAGCUGCUCUCAAGAACAAACUCUGCUCAAUUGAUGGUUUUUCUUCGAGUUGGUAUUCUGUUUCAACACCUUUCCAAGGAUCUGGAGUGGUUAGCAAGUUGAUUAAGUAUUGUUCUGCCUAUAAGGGACCUUUCAAUCCAUUGAGCAAAGAUUAUGUGUUUGGUUAUUUGGCAACCAAAUAUGGUUAUUGCAAUCAAAAAACUGGUCUUCCAUAUCCUGGUUACAUGUCUUUGGCUCCAAAUUAUGUGGCAAAGGAUGGUACCACCACAGCAACCCUGUACACAGUUCAAUUAUCGAGAACUUUGAAACCUGAAGGAAGAAUGUGUGGAACAAGUCCAAUUGGUAUCAUUUCCAAGUAUUCAUUUAUUUUGACUCUCUUGUCUGAAUCGACCAACAUUGCAAAUCCAAACGAUGGAAUGGUGGAGCAGUCCAGUUGUACCUCAUUGUGCACCCAAACCUACAAUGCUCUCUACACAUCGAAAUUCUAUCUUGCCAAUUUGAACCACGCUGACACUUCAUGCAGAAACGGUAAUGGUUGGUUCUCUCGAUCAAAACAACCAUGUUUAUACUAUAAGGGCAAAUUGUAA